AGUGCGCUGUGGUCAUUUCCGGCAGUAUCAAACAUGGAGUCGUAUGGACCAAAGCUGAGUCUGUGGGAGGACGGGCCGAAGCCGGGACAAUUCUACUCUUUCCCCGGGAGCAGCAGCGGUGGGCCGGGCACCUCCUGUGGGCCAGUCCGACACACAUUGAACCCGAUGGUCACAGGAACGUCGGUGCUCGGCGUGAAGUUCACUGGUGGCGUGGUGAUUGCCGCAGACAUGCUUGGCUCGUAUGGCUCUCUGGCUCGCUUCAGGAACAUUUCCCGCCUCAUGAAGGUGAACAACAGCACCAUCCUGGGGGCGUCGGGUGACUACGCCGACUACCAGCACCUCAAACAGGUCAUCGAGCAGAUGGUGAUCGAUGAGGAGCUGCUGGGUGACGGGCACAGCUACAGCCCGAAGGCCGUCCACUCGUGGCUCACCCGCGUCAUGUACAACCGCCGCAGCCGCAUGAACCCGCUGUGGAACACCGUGGUCAUCGGUGGCUUCUACAACGACGAGAGUUUCCUAGGUUAUGUUGACAAACUGGGCGUGGCUUAUGAGGCUCCCACUGUGGCCACAGGCUUUGGAGCAUACCUGGCUCAGCCUCUGAUGAGGGAGGUGGUGGAGAACAAGGUGGAAAUCACCAAGCAGGAGGCGCGGGAUCUGGUGGAGCGCUGCCUCAAGGUGCUGUACUACAGAGAUGCCCGCUCCUACAACAGACACGAAAUCGCCAUCGUCACCAAGGAGGGCGUGGAGAUCCUCGGGCCUCUGUCGUCUGAAACCAACUGGGACAUAGCCCACAUGGUCAGCGGGUUUGAAUGAAGAUGAUCUGCGUCUGCGGCAGAAAAUGAAACCUGCUCAUCCCGUCUGCUCACCUGUCCUCGGUUUGCUGUCUCUUUUGUAUGAUGGAAAAUAAAUGUGCUAAAUAAAAAGUGCCGUUUUUCUUG